AUGGUGAUGAAUGAAAAGGAAGUGGUCCAGGAAGUAAGAGUAGAUGUUGCAGAAGAAGUGCCUGAAGCAAUUGGAGGCAAUGAAGGAAGGGGCUCUCAACUUGAGCUUGUGGUGAUAACACCAGUAGCUACUCCAACUGGAAACCAAGGAAAAGAAACUGAGGAAGGAGGAGCAUGGAAAAUGGAUAGGAGGCCUCUAUGGGUGGAGUUGGGUAACUUUGUUACCAAUACUCAAGCUCCUUGCCUAAUGAUGGGUGACUACAAUGCAGUGAGGUAUGCAAAUGAUAGGAUUCAGGGUACUGAUGUGAGUCAGACUGAAACAGUGGAUUUUAGUAACUUUAUGGAGGAUAAUCAACUGACUAAAGCUCCCUCUUGUGGGAUGUUCUACUCCUGGAAUAAUAAAGGUGUGGGUUAUGGUAGGACUCAGAGUAGAAUUGACAAAGCCAUAGUAAAUAGUGCUUGGAUAGCUAUAUAUUCUGAUGUAGUGAUCAAGUAUCUUCCAGCUGGAGUUUCUGAUCAUACUCCCUUAUUAUUCUCCCUUGCUAGACAACCUCAGGAGGGUGGGAGACCAUUUAGAUUCCUCAACUUCUUGGCAGAGCAAGAGGGGUUGCUGGAGCUGGUGCAACAGGCUUGGGAAGCUACUCUCAGUUCGUAG